AUUCUUUGUGUAUUUUUUAUAUUGGAUUAUUGUGUAAGUGUACGUGCUUAUUAUGAUGGCUAGCGAUUUAUAUGCAGAAAAUAGUGAUGUAUUGGCUAUAUUCUUCGAUUUGGACAAUACAUUAAUUCAAACUAGGAAAGCGGACGCGAGGACGUGCAGUAAGUUAGUGGAAGUAUUGCAGCAAGAAUAUGGUUUGCCGCAAGAUGCAGCGGUGGAGAGCGCCACCACAUUUCUGAGAGCUUUUCGCGCACGACCUGACGAUGACACCUACGGGCUGGAUGAGUGGCCUGCCCAUCUCUGGCGCAAUUCCCUGCCAAAGAACUACAGACAUAUCGCCAAAAAUAUAUCUGCCGAAUGGAUAAAUUUAAGAUUUAAAAAUUUGGCUCUCACAAAUGAUGUGAUACACCUACUAGAAACGUUGCGGGAGGAUUACCUACUCGGUCUGAUCACGAACGGGCCGUCGCGAGCCCAGUGGCAGAAGAUUGAACGUUUGGGCCUCCGCAAGUACUUCGACUGCCUGCUCGUGUCCGGAGACCUGCCUUGGGAGAAACCAGACCAAGAAAUCUUUCUUGAAGCUUGUAAGAAGCUGAAUGUCGAACCUAGAACGUGCAUUAUGGUUGGUGAUAAACUGGAAACAGAUAUCAAGGGUGGCAAAGAAGCAGAAUUAGGAGGAACAGUAUGGAUACCCCUGCAGAAAGACGAAGAAUCAUCAGACCUCCCAGAUUUCACUAUUGAAAAAGUAACUGAACUACCAGAAGUGUUACCAAACUCUCCUAAACUGAAGCGAACCAUUGCUAAAGUUUGUUGAUGAUUUCAUUAAGUUUUAGGCUGUGUUCAUUUAGUAUAUUAGACAAUAUGACACCUGUCUGCUAUUUUAUGUACAAUGUCUCGAACCAUGCCUAUAUUCAGAUAAUGUUUCAAUCACCAUAUAUUAAAGUAAAAUAGAUAUAUUUACAAGACAAUUAGGUAUAAUAAUUGUUUCUUGUUUUUUAAUGUAGAUAUGAUCUGUUCUAGCAGUAUUCAAGUACAAAAUUUUAGGGAUUCAGUAUAUUUUAUGCAUGUUGAUUAUAAUUUUAAAUGAAUGUGCUAGUUACAUAUUAGUUACCAUUAAACUUUCACAUGCGCUAAAAAAAAGUAGGUCUCUUAUUCAAUUGAAAGUUACACAAACUGUUGUGGAUUUAUUUUUUACAUUUUACACAUAUUUAAUAGAGUAGGUAUAGAUUUAUUUACGCAUUGUAAAUACUGUAUGAAUAUUAGUAGUUAUUACUUACGCAAAGUUGAAAUAAAGGUCUAUUUUAUUUCCUUGCAUACAUUCUGAUGUAUGAAUCGCUAAUAUAUUAUUAUGAGUGAGCGAAUUUAAAAAGUUAUAUAAAUAAAGAGUAUUUUCUUACCAGAUUCAAAGUAUCUAUUUUUAUGAAUAUGUUAAGUAAGCCAUAUGCGCUUUGUGAGGAAGAGGCUUUUCUUAUUUUCAUUGUUUUCAGUAGUUUCUCUCAAGACUGUUAAAUGUGAUAUUGAUAUAAGUAACUUCUAUUGUUUCUUUCUUUGUUAAAUUAAUUUUUUAUCUCGAUGUAUAUAAUAGAGCUCAACAUGUAAACUGAUAGCCUUGUGUAGUUUGAGUAAUAUAGAGAUUUUAGGUAUUUAAUGAUCUAAAACAGUGGUUCCUAACCUAAUUACCCUCAGCUAUUCUGUGGGGCUUACAAAGAAACUGAUUAGUGAGAUCAAAUUUCUCAAAGUAAAACAUGAUUUAGGACGUGCAUUAAGCGAAAAGAAAACUAUAAUAUAAUACUAGCGAAAUCUUUCAGAAGGAGCUCACACAGUGAUCGCUUAAUUUUCUAGUUAUGUUAUAUCACUAUUUUGUUUCUUUUUACGACUUUAAUAUGUAAAUUGUCGUAUCCUGUGCUAGAAAUUUAGACCUGGCCACCCCUGGCCUGUAGUUAGAUACCUCACUGAGAGCGGUGUUCAUUGUAUGGUGGCAAAAAUCAGUUUUCCUAAUAGGUCAUACUAGUAACAAUCAUGGAAAGGUUAGGAACUACUGAUCAGAUUAAGGUGACUAUUUUAAGUUGAAAUCUCGAAUUAACUAUAAAAAAUGGAAAGUAUUAAACUUAUUUCUCAAAACUAAAAUUGAUUGACAUAGCUUUUUAAAGUCCAAUACACUUGUAUUUGUUCAUAUGACAAGGUAUAAUUAUUACCACAUCAAAUAGUGUAAAAUAAAGAAUGGUUGUUGAAAGAUUUAUUUUU